AUGCGUCCCCUCCGCUUCUUACUGCUACUCUUCUUCUUCGUCGCUCUGCCGGUAGCACUGACCUUUUGGUCAUUGCUGGCUGCAAGUGUGAACGCUGUCGACUCCUUUCAGCCCGGCUUCAACACCAAGUCUGGGCGCCUGAGGGCCUUCUUCUCCUUCUCGACUCCCUCCUCUCUAUUCCCGCCCUCUGCGGUUAUCAGCCUAACCAACGACAACUCGACCUUUUUCCUGGCCAGGCCCGCUGCCUUUGGUCCCAGUCUUCCAUCCAAGGGUCUAAGUGGUCAAUUAUGGGUGGGAAAGGGUUUUGGAGACGAUGCUCUGUUGAAAGAGGAGAACAUCCAAGUUGCAGGAUGGGAGCUGGGUUGCUCCGAUGUUCCAGGGUGGGUUGAAGAGAAGGCAAAAAGCAUCAAGAACCUACCGGCGGUCGAACAGAGCCAGGCAAAGACAAAGGUGCCGCGAAGCACAGACAACGAUCUGUCAGGCCGAGACGGUCCCGAAUCCCUUUCGAACGAGAGUCUCCUUCAAGACGAUGGUACUGACGACUAUUUACACCAUCCCCUCCCAGACUCGAACCCUGCAACACCCGGUGAACCAGGCGAGCCUGCCAACGCCGAUCUUUCAGACAAGAAACAGUCGACCCACGCUGACAUCGAAUCACUGCAAGAGAGUGCCGACAUUGCAGGCAAGAUUGUCAUGCUGAGUCGUGGCGGCUGUGGAUUCUUGGAAAAAGUCAAAUGGGCUCAACGUCGUGGGGGUAUUGCCCUCAUUGUCGGUGACAACGAAAAGGGGGCACAAUUGACAAUCAUGUACGCGAAGGGCGAUACAUCGAACAUAACGAUCCCCGCCCUGUUCACUUCAUAUACAUCAGCGCACCUUUUGUCUUCGCUGGUGCCUCAAGAAGAUGGUGACGACGAAGAUGCCAAGUCCAAACCACAUGAUAAGGCCGUAACGGCGAACUCUGGCGCAGACCAGAAAGAGCAUGCGAACAAACCCAUCUUCACGUCCACCAAACCUGGAGGUACGAAACCAACACCUCUAUCAGCAGCCGCGUCCGCUGAGGAGGAGGGCGAGAGCUGGAUGAAGAACGUCCUCUCAGUCAUGGGGUUGGGAGAUAACUCUCCAUUCUCUCAUGGUGAGGACAGUCGUCGUCCCCCUAGCAGUGGCAAUAUCGAUUGGGUCCUCCUGGAAGAUUGGAAGGAGGAGGCUCGCCUAGAUUUGAAGGACAGUAAGAACACAUUGACCAGUGCCGCCGCGGCGGCCACCUCCACACUCAAGGCAAAGUCAACGAGUUCCAGACGGAUCGGAGCGGACGAUUUUGUGAUAGGAGUCCAAGACUGGCGAGACACUGAUCUUGUAGCGCCGAAACCUUCCACCACCUCACAAAACGCUCUUGAGGAGGCAGGCAAGGCUGACCCCACGGAUACUGCGAGCUCGGUGAAAGCCUCAACCAGUUUAGAUGCAACCCUGAAAGGUGGCAGCAUCACUCCCGGCAGCGGAGAAUACGACCACGAAAAGUCGGAGCAUCUGAAUCGCUUCCAGCGGGGCAACGCGCCAUCGAACCGGAUACCUAGCAGUUCUGAUAUCCUUCAAAGCCAAGAGAAGGGUUCCUGGUUUAAUAUUUUCCGCUCUAGUCAGGGGAUGCAAGAACCCUCGCCAGAGAACAUGCCUUUGAAUGAAAAGGACAAUCAGGGGAAGGAAAAAUCAUCUACCGGGGAUGAUGAGCAUGAACUCCCUGGUCUAUGGGUCACCCUGACGCCCACAAGUGUUUCUGCUAGUCCAUUCGUCGAUACACUUCUGGUUCUGGUGGUCAGCCCAUUAGUGACACUGACAGUGGUCUAUACCCUUUUACUUCUCCGCUCGCGGAUUCGACGUCGAAGGUGGCGUGCACCCAAAUCUCUGGUCGACCGACUCCCGGUUCGCACUUAUCACACUAUGAGCACGGCCUCGUCCACCACUUCCUCGUGGGUGGAAUCUCCAGAUGCCGCUUCGCCCACUUCACCACUGCUCAUUUCCGCGAACCCUAAUGUGUCACAACGACCUCGUCCCCGCUCACAGACCACCACGGGCAUCUUUCCUGGUGGAAGCGUGGAAAGUCAGCUUUCGCAUCCCCGAAGUCCGCACACAGAAAAGCGCUCCGCAAAGUCGUCAAAACGGAAGCGCUAUACAGGUCGACAAGUCGAAUGUGUGGUGUGCCUCGAAGAGUACGUCGAUGGGGAAAGUCAGGUUAUGUCCCUACCUUGUGGGCAUGAAUUCCACGUUGAUUGCAUCACACCUUGGCUUGUUACAAGAAGACGAACCUGCCCGAUCUGCAAGGGAGAUGUUGUGAGGAGUAUGACGAGACAGAGCUUGCAGCAAUAUUAUGAGGAUGAAGAGGAUGAUGAUGAUAUUGGCCGCGAUAGUCUCGAGAUCGGACGGACGGAAGGUGAAAGAACAAGUGACGAUGUCCAAAACCGUGUGGCUCAGACGGUGAACCAGGAACCCAGUGCGGCGAUUCCGAUCCCUUCUCUGAGCAGGGAAGACGAGGAUGUGGAACGAGGUCAGGAUCCAGACGUACCGCUCUUAGGCGGAUCAGAAUCACUGAGCUCGGAAUCAACCAUCACCCCGCAGAUGCUACGGCAGGACCAUGGAAGAGGUUCGGAGAGGCGCCAGGGCAGAGAUGGACAAUCCAUGUGGAGGAACAUGGUCUCCGCCAGCGUUGGUCGACUCAGUGGAGACACCCUCUGGAGACAGACGCCCGUGGACCGCAAUCGGUGA